GAGGUCACCUCGGCCCGGGCAGGCCCGGCCCGGCCUGUUUCCUGCCCGCCCGCCGCUGAUUGGCCCGCGGGGCCCUCAGGAAUGCGAGCGACCCCUUAAAGGCCAGCGCGGCGCCGGGACCCAUCAGUGCCGCGGCGGCGGGCAGGCAGGAAGGAGCGAGCUGCAGCGCAGCUGGGAGGCGGCGGGAGCUGCGCUGCUUCUGGGAUCUUUUCGCCUCUUCUUUCUCCCGUUUGAAGGUGGGUUGGAGACCCUGCGCUCUGCCAUGGGGGUGUCCGGCGGACUCGUGCUCCUUCUCGCGCUGGGCAUCUGUGAGGCCAACCGGAUUGUCGAGUCCGGGGGAGAUGAUAAUAGCGUGUUUGACCUCUUUGAGCUCAUUGGCAUCACUCGUAAGGCACCUGGGCGCCGGGCACUAGGGGUGUAUCUGGUGAAGGGAGCUGAGAUCUCCAGCCCUGCCUACCGCAUUGAGGAUGCCAGCCGCAUUCCUGCUGUCUCUGAUGACAAGUUCCAAGACCUGCUGGAUGCCAUCUACGCUGAGAAGGGCUUUAUUCUGCUGGCCAAUCUCCGGCAGCCCAAGAAGAGCCGUGGUGCACUGCUGGCUGUGGAGCGCAAGGAUGGCUCUGGCCAUAUCUUCAACCUGGUAUCCAAUGGCAAGGCAGACACCCUGGACCUGAGCCUGUCGGGCAAUGGCAAGCAGCAGGUCGUGUCGGUGGAGGAUGUCAUGCUGGCUGAUGGGCACUGGAAGAAUAUCACCCUGUUUGUGCAGGAGGACCGUGCCCAGCUCUAUGUAGGGUGUGAGAAGAUGGAGAAUGCUGAGCUGGACUUUCCCAUUCAGAACAUUUUCACCCGAGACCUGGCUAGCAGUGCCAGGCUCCGUGUUGCCAAGGGGGGAGUCAAUGACAACUUCCAGGGAGCACUGCAGAAUGUGCGUUUUGUCUUUGGAACAACCCUGGAAGCCAUCCUGAGGAAUAAAGGUUGUUCAAGCUCCACCAGUGCUAUCAUUACAUUGGACAAUCCAAUCAACGGCUCCAGUCCAGCUAUACGUACCAACUAUAUUGGCCACAAAACAAAGGACAUCCAGGCCAUCUGUGGCUUUUCCUGUGAUGAACUCACAAAUAUGUUUGUGGAAUUGCAAGGAUUACGGUCCAUGGUUACAACUCUUCAAGACAGAGUGCGCAAAGUGACUGAAGAAAAUGAAUUCAUUGCCAAAGUAGCCCAGAUCACUCCUGGAGUGUGCAUUCACAAUGGAAUUCUGCACAAAAAUAAAGAAGAGUGGACUAUUGACAGCUGCACUGAAUGUACUUGCCAGAACUCUGCCACCAUAUGCCGGAAAGUGUCAUGCCCUCUCAUGCCUUGUUCCAAUGCCACUGUUCCUGAUGGAGAGUGCUGUCCACGAUGCUGGCCUAGUGACUAUGCAGAUGACGGUUGGUCUCCUUGGUCUGAAUGGACUUCAUGCUCUGUGACCUGUGGAAAUGGAAUUCAGCAGAGGGGCCGCUCUUGUGAUAGUCUCAAUAACCGCUGUGAAGGUUCCUCUGUACAGACUCGGACCUGCCACCUCCAGGAGUGUGAUAAGAGAUUUAAACAGGAUGGUGGUUGGAGCCACUGGUCACCCUGGUCAUCUUGUUCUGUUACUUGUGGCAUGGGCAUGAUCACUAGAAUCCGCCUCUGCAACUCUCCAGUUCCACAGUUGAAUGGCAAACCUUGUGCGGGUGACGCAAGAGAAACCAAGUCCUGCCAGAAAGAUCCUUGUCCAAUAAAUGGAAACUGGGGACCCUGGUCUCCAUGGGAUGCCUGUACAGUCACAUGUGGAGGAGGCCUUCAAAAACACAGUCGUCUUUGCAAUAACCCUGAGCCCCAGUAUGGCGGGAAGGAUUGUGUAGGUGAACCCACAGGGACUCGGGUAUGCAACAAACAGGACUGCCCAAUUGAUGGGUGUUUGUCUAAUCCCUGCUUUGCGGGAACUACAUGUACCAGCUCUCCUGAUGGCUCCUGGAAGUGUGGUGCCUGCCCCACUGGUUACCAUGGAGAUGGUGUUCACUGUAAAGAUAUCGAUGAGUGUCAAGAGGUUCCUGAUGUCUGCUUUGUCUUCAAUGGAGUGCACAGGUGUGAGAACACUGAACCUGGAUACAACUGCCUGCCUUGCCCACCACGUUUUACUGGAACACAGCCUUUUGGCCGCAGUAUUGAGGAUGCCACAGCUAACAAGCAGGUCUGUAAACCACGUAAUCCAUGCACAGAUGGAACUCACACCUGCAACAAGAAUGCCAAGUGCAAUUAUCUUGGCCACUUCAGUGACCCAAUGUACCGCUGUGAAUGUAAACCUGGCUAUGCUGGCAAUGGCAUUAUCUGUGGGGAAGAUACCGACUUGGAUGGAUGGCCAAAUGAAAACCUUGUCUGUGUUGCCAAUGCCACUUACCACUGCAAAAAAGAUAACUGCCCCAACCUUCCCAACUCUGGCCAAGAAGACUACGAUAAGGAUGGAAUUGGUGAUGCCUGUGACAGUGAUGAUGAUAAUGAUAACAUCCCAGAUGACAGGGACAAUUGCCCAUUUAUUUACAACCCACAGCAAUAUGACUAUGAUAGGGAUGAUGUUGGUGACCGUUGUGACAAUUGCCCCUACAACCACAACCCUGAUCAGAUAGACACCGAUAACAAUGGUGAAGGUGAUGCAUGCGCUGUGGAUAUUGAUGGAGAUGGCAUUCUAAAUGAAGGGGACAACUGUCAAUAUGUCUACAAUGUAGACCAGAGAGAUACAGAUUUGGAUGGUGUUGGAGAUCAGUGUGACAACUGUCCUAUGGAACACAAUCCAGACCAGGCAGACACAGACUCUGACCGCAUAGGAGAUAAAUGUGACAGCAACCAGGACAUAGAUGAAGAUGGCCAUCAAAAUAACCUUGAUAACUGCCCCUAUGUACCUAAUGCCAAUCAAGCUGACCAUGACAAGGAUGGCAAAGGUGAUGCCUGUGACCAUGAUGAUGAUAAUGAUGGUAUCCCUGACGACAAAGAUAACUGCAGAUUGGUUGCCAACCCAGACCAGGUGGACUCUGAUGGUGAUGGUCGUGGCGAUGCUUGCAAAGAUGACUUUGACCAGGAUAAUGUGCCAGAUAUUGAUGACAUUUGUCCAGAAAAUGUUGAUAUCAGUGAAACUGAUUUCCGACGAUUUCAGAUGGUUCCCCUUGAUCCCAAGGGAACAUCCCAAAAUGAUCCCAACUGGGUUGUUCGUCACCAGGGUAAAGAACUGGUUCAGACGGUCAACUGUGAUCCUGGUCUUGCAGUGGGUUUUGAUGAAUUCAAUGCUGUAGAUUUCAGUGGCACAUUCUUCAUCAACACUGAGAGGGAUGAUGACUAUGCUGGCUUUGUAUUUGGUUAUCAGUCUAGCAGCCGUUUCUAUGUAGUGAUGUGGAAGCAAAUCACCCAGUCCUACUGGGACUCAACACCAACCAAAGCUCAGGGAUACUCUGGUCUUUCUAUCAAAGUAGUGAAUUCCACCACGGGUCCAGGAGAGCACCUGCGUAAUGCUCUGUGGCACACAGGAAACACUACUGGACAGGUGCGAACUUUGUGGCAUGACCCUCGUCACAUAGGCUGGAAAGAUUUUACUGCCUACAGAUGGCGUCUCAGCCAUAGACCAAAGACUGGCUACAUUAGAGUUGUAAUGUAUGAAGGAAAGAAAAUCAUGGCUGAUUCAGGACCAAUCUAUGAUAAAACUUAUGCUGGUGGUCGGUUAGGAUUAUUUGUCUUUUCACAAGAAAUGGUGUUCUUCUCGGAUCUCAAAUAUGAAUGCAGAGAUCCGUAAUAGCGAGACUGUUGCCUUUUAAAGACUAUUUAAAAAUGCUGGUAUUGCACCUUCUGAAACCAUUUAAUCUUUAUGAACCCUGGGACCAUAUGUUGUUUGUUUGUUUGUUUGUUUGUUUGUUUGUUUGUUUUAAUACCUACAUAAAUGUGGACUCAAAACACAUGACCUGCCUCGAGUACUUUUGAGCGAAUGCAAGUGAAAGCAAACGCAGUAUUUGAUCUCUGCUGACAUGAAAGGAAAUGUGUCAUUUUCAUAAAUGAGAAAUGUCUUCCUCUAAGAAGCACACACUUCAGUAGGAAAGACAUUUUGUUCUGGUGUUCAUCACAGUGCGGUGUCACUGCCUCUCUAACUGGAGGUCCCAUGAAGUAGCAUUUUCAUAAGAAGAACAUCAUUGGAUGUGCUUUGGACUACUUUUAAAAUAAAAUAAAACCUUUCCUUGUAGUGAGGGAAGGGAUUUGGGGUGGGAGGGUAGACUCUUCUUGAGCAAAAAUUGCCCUGCUCCCCUAAAAAGGGGACAGUGCUCCCCAGGGUUUAAAUCCAGGUAGCUUGGAGGGUCUGUUACAUAUUUUGUCCUAAACAUGUUUUUCAGGUGAAAAAUGUUGUCCUUGAUCUUGUAUUGUAAACUAGCUGUAUUGGCUAGCUAAUUUGUACAGUAUAAAACAUAAGUUGUUUAACUUAGUGGAGGUUUGUUUUUUGUUUUUUCCAUUUGAAGAAAUGAGGGGGCAAUGAAAACAGGCACACUGGAUCACACCAGUGUGGUGAGAAUUGGGAUUCCCAACUGGAAUCUGAUGAAAAGUAAUGUACUACAUGACAUUGCCUGAUUUUUGUUUUUUGGGGUUUUUUUAAGUGUGUAUAUUUGUACUUUUUUUUUUUUCUGUUCCAGUUGUAACAAGAAUAUGAAGGUGCCAGAAAGCACCACCAACUCAAUUGGCACUUGUGCUGGCUUCCAAGGUAUACACAUCUGUUGUUUGUGGGGGGCAAGAGGGGGUUAAUUUUUUUUUAUGGUUAAAAAGGCACAAAAUGAUAGUAGCAAUUAAAUGAGAACAUUCCUUCUCUAAAGAGAGAAAGAUACUGACUUUUUUUUAAUAAACCUCCUCACUUUUGGCAGAGGGGGGCCUGUAGAUAAAACAUUUUUUAAAAAAUGUAAAAUAUUUAUUUUACCUUUAGACUAUUGAUAAAGCAGGAAAAUAAUGCGUCAAGACUAUCCACAUAAUCAUUGUUACUAGUCUUCAUGACUUUAUGACUGUAAAUACAGAUUAUUUAUUAACUCUGUUCUAUACUGAACCUAGAUUUUUAGUUUAGAGUUGUGGUGUUUGGUGUCUGUCUGUUUGUUUUUUGUUUGUUUGGUGGGGUUGGAGGGGGCAGGUUUGAAGAAGAUGAUGGAAAUGGAAAUGUAUUAGCUACAAAGAGCAACUUUCCCAUAAAGAAUGUGGGUUUCAAGAAGACUAGCAGGUGGGGAUAGAAUGUUGUUCUCAGUCUGCACUUCUUAUGUCCCUGCCCCUACCCCUUCCUUCACCCCUGGUAGUUGGUGGCAGUCUGGCAGCCUACCAUUCUGCUGCUUUAAGAAACAACACCUGCUUUUAACAGCUGUUGGCUCCUUUCUCUCUGUCUACUGCUUGAGAGGGGAAAGCAUCCUUUUAUCUAGUGCCGUUAAAUGUACAUGGUGCUUGACCGUUGGUCAGUGUGCCAGACAGAACAGAAUCCCUGCCCAAAGGAAGUUGCAGACUGGGAGCACAAAUGGCUACAAUCUCUAACCAUGCAAAGAAGCUCCUUUUUUUUUAUUAUAUAUAAUUUGCAGACCGCACAUUCUAACUAGCAGUGUGCAAAUGCAGAAGUAGGAAUGCUUCACAUCCUACAUGGGACUUUUGGGAAUCCCUUGUGGGUGAGGGAGGGGCUUGAUGUAUGUUAAUGGAAGAUCAUUCUGGGUAUAAAAGGCAAAAUGAUUAUACCUAUAUGUAUCUUUAAUUUUUUUUUAAUCUUUCCAAAAAGGAAAAGAAAUGAACAAGGUGAAACUCUUAUGUACAAAUAUUACCUCAUUGUUGUAUGACUGAUAACCUUUUGGAUCAAGCAAAGUUUAAAUGUAUAGCAAACUUUUUAAAGCUACUGUAGUACUAAAAAAAUCUAAAUGCUGUACAUAAUCAAAAAAACUCUUUGCAGAAAAAUAUAUUCCCAGUAAGGAAAUGGCAUUGGAAGAAAAAUGUUAAAUACUGUUUCUAAUGUUGUGUUUUAUAUUUCUUUUUUCUGUCAUCUUGUAUACCAUUGCUUGUGAUAUAAAUUAUUUUCUCAUUGCCAUAGGAAUAGUUAAUCACAAUUGUAUAGAUACGCUAUUUAAAUAAUUUAUCAGAAAUGCUACUUGUAGCGUUAGUAUUUCUAUUUUUAUAAAAUGUUUGCACACUGAAUUGAAGAUCGUUUUUGCUUCCCUCCCCAUGUUUUUUGCUAUUAGCAUAAUUUUCUAAGAAUGUGCUCCUUUUUUUUUUGUAUACUUAACCAUGUUACACUUUAAAGCUGUGUAAGUUGUACAAAAAUUUCUUGCAUACAAGAGACAAUAAACCAAUAUGGACAUUUAUAUUUA